GGUAAAAUGAAGCUUCCACUAUUCAAAAAAGAUGGAAUGUCGCGGAAGGAACAACGAAAAUCCGCGAAACAGCUCAAGAAAAUGCAGGCAAAGGCAUUUUCCCAGAGAACUCCGAUAGAACAAGUGAUGAGAGAGACGAUGGGAAUGACGAAAGAGGAUAAAAAGAAGAGAAAACGGAAAAGACAGCUGGAAGCGAAGAAAGAGCAGAGAAAAUUGGAAUAUCUGCAGAAUAAAAAUCGAAAUGACGGGGAUUCCGAUGACGAGGAGGAUAUGGAAGAUUCUGAAGACGAAGAAGAGAAAAAGCCCACAAAUCGCAAGGGAAUCGUCGAAGUGAGCGUGAAUAAGGGAAAACGGAAGUAUGGUGAUGAUUCUGAGGAUAGUGAUGAGGAUUUGACCUAUGAACAGUAUAUGGAAGAGGUUCAGACAGCGACAAAAAAGCGGCGACAAGAAGCCGACGGAACUGAGGAAGAUGACGCCGCAAUUCGUAAAUAUGGAGUACUUUUAGGUGUAAAUGAGCAGAAAAAGGAGCGAGAUGGCAAGCUAAAAGUACCGAAAUCCAUGAAAAGUGAUGGAUUGGAUUUACUUCUCGACUUUUGCGAUUCGGAACGGCGUAAGGAGCUAAUGGAAGAUGAACUUGACGAUGAUAAUAUGGAAGAUGAAGAAGAAUUUGAAGAUGAAGAGGAUGAAGCUGAUGAAUCUGGAAAUGAGCUAGAUCUUUCUGAAGGAGAAGAGCCUGUGGAAUCGGAGGAUGAUGAGGAUAUGGUGGACGAAAUGAUGUCAGACGAGGAAGAUAACGUGGAUGAUGAGAAAAUCGUGGAAAUUUCGGAUUCGGAAAUUGAAACCUCCGCACCUAAAAAAUCCGAAGAAACUGAAGAUAUUUAUGGUCGAAAAAUCAAUAAGUCCACCGGAGAACUCAUCAAAUUCGAUCCGGCGGCGGCGCGGAAAAAGCUCGAGGAGCUCGAUGCCACGUCAUCAACCGGAGAGCAGAAGCAACGAGUUGAACGGGCGGUUAAUAGUAUUAUUAAUAAGCUUUCCGACGCAAUGCUCAUCAAAUCUCAGCAGGGAAUCGCUGAAUUAUGGGCGAAUAGCUCGAAAAAUGAUGUGAAAAGUGCGCUGUACAAGUUCCUGUCAAAGGCUCUCCUGGCUCCAUUUAGGCUUCAAGACUCGCUUCUAACCACAUAUGGAGCACUUAUUGCAAUGUGCCAUACAAUGAUUAGUAAUGAGAUUUCCGCCCAUUUUGUCGAAUGUUUCAUGUGUGAUCUGGUGAAAUCGAUGCAGGAAGAAGAGGAAAUGGAUGAUAAAUCUAUGGAAAAUUGUGUAAUUUUCACAGCAUUCCUGGUGGUUUUUAGGAUUCUGCAACCAUCGAUUCUCAUCGAAAUUAUCGAUAAACUCGCGGAAAAUUUGAAUUUGACGAAUCUUUUUGCGAUUCGAACGCUUAUUGCUUACGCCUACAAAUCGCUGAAAAAGACGUCUUGGCCGCUUGUCACUCAGAAAAUCGACGAAAUUCACUCGGAAUUCGAGAAAAAGCCGAUUUCAGCACUGCCACGUGCCAAAUUCCUACUGGAAGAAGUGAUUUUACUGAAGAAGUCGCCACCAAAAGCAAUCGACUAUGAUGUUGUGGAGAGACAAGUCAAAAUUCUUCAUGGAAUUACGAAAAAAAAAGGAAGCUCCGCCUCCUCAGACUCGAAGGAGCUCUCAAUGACACUGAAUGACUUGUUGCACGCCGAGCAACGUGGAAGAUGGUGGAUCAUCGGAUCGGCAUUCCGUUUGCCAGAACAAGGUGGCUAUGGACUUUUAGCGUCGGCUUCAGCUGCCGGACAGAAGAAAACGGGCUCUUUCCCGCCGGAAAUGGUCUCACUGGCCACGAAAGCCGGAAUGAAUUCAGAAGUUCGAAGACACAUUUUUUGUAGUGUUGCCAGCGCCGACGACGAGGACGACGCGUUCGAACGACUUUUGAAACUUCAAUUAAAAGGCGAAAAAGAACGAGAACUUGUUCAUGUGCUUAUUGCUAUGAUGAUGAAGGAGAAGACGUACAACGCGUUUUAUGCCACGUUGUUGCAACGAUUCUGCGAAUUUAAUAAGCGAUUUGUGAUCACCCUCCAAUUCGCCCUAUGGGAUCGUCUACGUGAAUGUGAUCAAUUGAAACCAUUCCAGAGAGGAUCACUGGCUCAACUUCUUCAGCAUUUGAUUUCCAAUGAAGUCAUGAGUAUUACCGUACUCAAGACAGUCGAAUGGGCGACCCGCUCAGCUCGACUCACCACAAUUCUCAAAAAAUUGUUCCUCGGACUUGCAAAAUCGCCGGAAUCAGUGCUGAAACGUGUCUUCGAGCCCGUCAUUGAUCAGCAAAAACGCACGAAAUUCGAACUUUUGUCAGAGGGAAUGCGAGUGUUCUGGCACAUGAAUCUCAAUGACUUCGCCGCCUACCAAAAAAUCGAUAAAUGGAUCAUGGAGAGCGGAUAUGACUAGGAAAAUGUCACUUUUUGCUGAAAGUUUUUUUGUUGAUUUUUUUCAAUUGUUAACUUUUUCAUUCGUUUUUUUUUCUUUGUUGUUAUAAAUUUUUUGAAA